AUGGAUUUCCUGAAAGACUAUCUGAAAAAAUUGAAGGCUCACAUGGAAGCCCAGAAAAUUGACGCAGAUACCGUAGCCAAAUUUAUGAAGGAAUCGCAGGCGUACGUCAAGAGCAAACUUUUGUCUGACUAUGACAAUUUGAUAUUUUACCAACCCAAGACCUCCCAGGAUGAGUUCUACUUCAUCCCGAUGAACUACCGGGAGGAUCAGAGUACGCCAUACUUCGUCUUUUUUGCAAACGGCCUCGUGGAAGAGAAGGUUUAA